GUAAAGUUCCAUAAAGCCUUGUUACCAUGGCAACUCCGGAACUCAAAGCUAAACUUCAAAGCUUUGUGGGCUUUAACUCAAAGCUUUGUUUGGCCUCAGGGAGAUUAUAAAAGUAGGCAAAUCGAAAAUCACAAAUCGAAAAUCACAUAUCGCUUAAUGGAAAAGGCACAUUUAGCUGAGCUUGACACAGAGCAAAUCGUACAAAGAUUUCAAACAGUAGACUUCACAGAGGAGACUUUACAGAGUAGAUUUCACAGAGUAGGUCGCACUUUUUAUCUGCGUAACACUGAAAUGACACGCCUAAGUGAACGUCUUAUUUCACUUGGGUACUAUGAUGAAGGGGAUAAGCCCAAGGUGUCAUAUAAAGAAAACUUAAAAAGAAUUUUUCAAAGGAAGAGGAGAUCUCAGUUUGGCAGCCCUGGCACACCUAAUCCUGAACCAGCAGUAGAUGACACUAGAUGCCAUACUCCCCUAUCUUUAUCUGCCACAAAUGCAAAUUUAUCUGUGAAUGAUCUUGAGAGGUCUUCCUGUUCUGACACAGUAAACACUUCAAUUGCUGAUGAAUGGGAAACUCCUUUAACUACAUCUUUCAUGAUCAUGGAUGAAGCCAGAGACCCAUCUGUUGCAGCUCUUGAUACAACAGAACUUGAAGUGGCUUAUGAUAAUGAUCAGCAAACCCUUAAAAAAUUUUUGCUGAGGGGCAUUUCCGUGUUUCUUCUGGCCGUCCUGCUGUGUUCUGCUGUGUCCCUUAAUUCAGGAAGUUUGUUACUCCAAAUGCAAACCUUUAACUCAGGCCUCUGGGAGUCCAGGUAUAGUGACUUUGAGGCUUUAAAGGAAGUCCAAACUAACUUAAAGCAGCUACAAGAAGAGCUAUUUCGACUAAGAAAUAAACUCCUACCAGAAGGACUUUCUAUGCCCAACUUUGCACUGGAGUCACAGGGGGCACGUGUCCUUGAUGCUUAUCCAUCAGAAAGUUACCAUUCUCCCUCGCUGCCUCCACUGGUGACAUUUUUAUGCAAGGCAUUUUUGUAUCCUGUCUACUCACCAAGAACUAUCAUUCAGUUUGUGGAAUACAGGGGAAAGCAUCCCUCAAUUCGAGGCCACACGGAGGCGCUUGUUCCUGGCCGGUGCUGGUCUUUUGCCGGACACCAGGGACAUCUGUUCAUAUCCCUCUCGCAGCCUGUCGCCAUGUCCCAUGUGACUCUGGGGCACAUCUCCCGAGAGCACGCCCCCUAUGGGUUUGUGUACAGUGCUCCGCAGCAUUUCUCGGUCUCAGGUUUUUUAUCUGAAAAUGGAGAGGGAACACACUUAGGGGAUUUUGAAUAUGAUCCAGAAGGAGAGUCGUUUCAAACUUUUGAACUCUUUGGCCCCACACAGACUUAUAGGUAUGUGAGGCUAGAAAUCCUGAGCAACUGGGGACAUCCAGAGUACACAUGUGUGUAUUCCUUCAAGGUGCACGGAAAAAUAAAAUAA